CAAACAUUCAACCAACUGUUUACUUUAUUUACAGUAACCCCACAAGCAGACGAAUUAAGUUACCUCCUCUUCCUCCAAACAAUGUCAGCUACACAUGCCUCUCUGGGCGCGGCAGCAGAUGAGCGCAAGGCCCGUCUAGCUAAGCUCAAGUCACUUAAGCGCAAACAACCAGGCGAUGAGAUCGUGGCCCCCGAAUCAACGCGCUCUCCCUCACCACCAGCCUCUCCCAAUGUUGCAGCACUACAUCUCUCAGGUCGAAAUUAUGACCCAGAAGUCAAAGGCCCAAAGCUUGGAUUCGAAGCGCCGCCCACACUGGCGCUUGAGAAACCCACGUUAGAGCAGCAGGCGAAAGAAGUAGAGGAAGAGAUUAGGAAGAAGGCCAAGGAGGAGGAGCAGGACGAGAAGGGCGUGGAUCUGUUUAAGCUGCAGCCGAAGAAACCAAAUUGGGAUUUGAAGAGGGAUCUCGAUAAGAAAUUAGAGGUGCUCAAUGUUAGGACAGAGAAUGCGAUUGCAAGGUUGGUCAGGGAACGUAUUGAGGGUGCACAGAAGGCAGCGAGAAUAAAAGCUGGAAAUGGAGCUGUCUCGGCGAGCGAUGGGGGAGAAGAGAUGGGUAUGGAGGGUGUCGCUCUUGUAGAGGGGGUCAAGUUACGGGAAAGAGAGGAGGAGGAGGAAGAGCGAAGAGAGAAAGAGGACGAGGAGAGGCAGUUGGAGCCUUGA